AUGAAAAAUGGAAGAGGCGCCCCCAAGCAGCCGUUUCGAUUACUAGCGCUGGUGUGCGUGAUAAUAAUAUGCCUAUGGAUAAGCGCGAGUGAGAAACAAACCACGGAUGGAAGUCAUCUCUACAAGUCAGUCGUCAUUGACGCAGGGUCCACGGGAACGAGGGUACACAUAUACAACUACAAAAUUUUGGAUGAAGAAAAAGGAAUUAACGUACACAUUCCAUCGAUCAGUUACAGAACAACACCAGGGAUUGUGUACCUCCUAAAUAACUACUUUUCCAAUGAUGAGAAAGAACCCUUUUAUGAGUAUUUUAAAAAUAUAAAAGAAUUUUUGUAUGAACAUGUUAAGGUGAAGGAAAGGUCAAGCACACCCAUCAUGAUUCGCGCGUCAGGAGGAUUCAGACUGCUUAGCAUAACAGAGUCUGAAAAUUACAUAAAUUUUUUAAAGCAAUAUUUUUUAAGUAACUUUAGUGACUUUCUACUAAUUGAUGAGUUACUUAUCAAGGUGCUAAGUGGGAAGGAAGAAGCCAUUUUGUCCUUCGUUUCGAUUUACGCCCUUCUGGAGAAGUUCAACCCCAGUCCUGUAACGUUUACCAGUUUGGGGAAGCCCAACGGGGAGAAUGGCACUACCACAUCGAAGGUUACCACGGGAGAGGAUUCCCAAGGAAGUAUAUUGGCCGAAGGGACCAAUGGGGGGGACGACAUUAUAGGCGUCCUGGAGCUGGGGGGCGCCACUGCCCAGGUAGUUAUCAAAUUUCCUCUGUCCAAAAUGAAUGAAGAUAUAAAAAAUUUAUUUAAUUAUAAACAUAGUGAAAAAAGGAAGAAGAGUGUGAUAGAAGAAAAUUAUAAAAAUAAGAACGUGGUGAAAAUUCACCUCUUUGAUGAUGAUAUUUACCUUUAUUGCAAAAGUUACCUCGUGCUGGGAAGGCAGAAUGCCAUGAAGACGUACCUCCACUAUAUUAUUCAUCAGCACAACAAGGAUGAGCAGGUGGAGGGGAAGGGCAUCACCGGAGGGGAGAAGAAUUCCCAAGUUGUCAUGAACGCACAAAAUAAUGCGAAGGAUAAAAAUAAAUUCAUUCCAGUUGCAUGUUUCCCAAAGGACUUCAAAUUUUACGUCAAUAAUUUAUAUGAGACGUCUAUUGAGGAGGAGCUCCACGAGUACGACGGGAAGACGGAGAUGAGUGAAGACGACUACGUCGCCGUGGGUACCGGGGAUAUCGACUUGUGCCGGUCGCAAGUACAGACUAUCCUUAACUACUCACAAAUUGACGACCUUCCAUUUAAGAUGAAACGGUUUAUAAAGCUCUACGGUAUUGAGAAUUUCCACCACUUUGCCAUAGACAUUCUGAACCUCCCUGAAAGCUUCAACCCCAUUGAACUAAACUCAAAUAUGUACUUGGAAAAGGCGAAAGAAAUAUGCCCACUGACCAUUGACGAAAUUGUGAAGGUGGUUCGGCCCGACGCGAACAUCGAGAAGGCGCAGACGUCCUGUUUCGGGCUGAUAUUCCUGUACGAGUUCAUGCGGCAUAUCCUGAAGAUUGACGACCCCAUAGCAUUUCAAUCGACGAACUACAUAAACAAAAUCAGCAUCACCUGGACAGUGGCCGUUCUGCUAAUGGAGCUCCCGCCCCACUUGCACACAAUUAAAAAGCAGACAAAGGAACCCUAUCUGAACGAUGAACUGUGA